AUGAGCAAUAAUAAAUCAAAUAAGUAGAUUAUGUUGGAUCUACUGAGGUAAUCCAACAAGCAAUUAGACUUGAUACCUAACAGUAAUCUCGAAUUAACAUUGGAAGAAUUAAGCGAGCUCAAUUAGAUUAAAAAUAAGCUGAACACACUGAAGAUAAUAAACGAUUUCUAUCCUUAAAAGAAGAAGCACAUAAAUGGUUCAGUUUAAAAUGGAAUACAUUUGCACAAUAUGGAGCAGAAUUUAUUUAACGACUUAGAAGAAAGGAUAUAGGCUUUCAAGCAAAAAAUAAGAUCAAUAGAUAAAUAUCGAAUCUAUAUACUAAAUUAAAAAGCGCUGACAAAAGAGAGAUCCCUUUAUUUACUAAGAAGCCUAAUAAACAUGGCUUUCUAAUCGUCAAACUUAUCGAUUAUCUAUAACUCUAAAAAGAACUAAGAAUAGGUUCAUUUAUUUACUACGACUGAACACUUCAAUAUUCCAAACGAUGACUUAAAAAAAAUUUCUUGUGAAUUAAAAGCUUUUUUAACAGGAGAAAAUAAAAAAGAAAUAAUUGAAAACUCAAACGAAAGACCAGAUUUAGAAUGCUUUUCAUAAUAUUUUGGAAACAAAAAAUACUUUUUCUUAAAAUUAAACAAUUCAAAUUUUUUCAUAUUUGAAAUGGAAUCUAUCUUAUUUUCAUACUUCCUUAAGCUACCCUUCAAGAGCUGCUUUUUGAUAUUUAAUUUUAUGAUAGACAUUGUCAAUGAUAUUUAAAACUCUAAAAUUGUUAAAGAAAACCUCCUUUCAAUUCUUCACAUGACUAAAUUUUAGUAUCUAAGAUUUUCUUAUGAAAUUUUGAAAUCUAUUAUGUGUGAACUCAUCAGAUAUCAUCUGCAGUCAGAUUGUGACAUUUUAAAUAAUGGAGAUUCUGAUAGUGAAAAUUAGUGGGAUAUCAUCACUGACCAAGAUAAAAUCUAUAUACCAAUAGGAGAUUCUAAAUUUGUUUAGUUUAUUUUAUGCAUUAAAAGCUUUAAAUUGAAUCUGUUUACUUUUGUUGAAAGACUAACAAAGUAAUGGAGAUAUUUUAUAAGUAUGGUUUCAAAUUUCAGUUCAAAAGAAUAUACGAUGGAAAUUAUUGAUUCUAAGAACUAAAAUAGUCUUUUCUUUUUAUUUGACAAAAAGAGAUAGCUCAUUUAUUAGCCUCAUCCUAUUCCCAUUGAAUUUGAUCUUUUUCAUAUUCCUGAUAAUUAUCAACUUGGCGAAUAGCUCCUUCUAGAUGAUUUGAUUUUCGAAGAAGAAAAUAAGAGACUGAUUGGUAAAGUUAUUGAUGAGCUAGAGCUUGGAGAGAAAAACUUUGGAAAUGUAGAUCAAAAAUAAUAUCAAAUUGAUAUAAUCCCUCUGAGAAACUAAUUUAAUUAAAUUGAUUCCUAUUUGAUACUGACAGAGGAUAAAAAGUAAGGGCAUUAGAAUUUGAAUUAAGAUGAAAAAGCAAAAACUGGAAAAAGUAGGAAAAACAUCUAUUAAGAAAUAGAAAAGUAUUGCUAAAAUUUGAUAGAGCAUUAUAGCUUGUAGGAAAACUUUACUCCUUAAGAUUUGAUGAAUUUUUUGAAGGACAAAUCAAUAGAAUAUAAGAUUUCAACAUAACUCGAUAUAACUGAAGAACAGUACAAGGAUUCUUACGUAGUUGAGUAUUAUCACACUGAUUUGCCUAUAAAAUUUAAGCCAAGAAUGCUUACCUUGAUACCUAAAUUUUAAGAGAGCAUUACUAGAUAAGGUAGUUUUUCUUCCUUGUAGCACCAAACAAUAGUAAAUGUACCAAAAGAACUAUUUAAAGUAAACGAUAUGGAUGUAGAUGAACUUUCUCAUUGGGACUUCCCAUAUAACUAAGUUUCCACAACUGAAGAUAAGCUUAGAUACGCUUGGUCUAUGUUCCAUCUAGCUGGUUUUAUGGAUAAAUUAAAGAUAGAUAAAGAAGUUUUCUUAAAAUUUUUACAAUUAUUACAGCAUAAAUAUGAUAAAAGACAAAACCCAUUCCACAAUUUCUAGCACGCUAUAGCUGUAUCUCAUGCAACUUACUUCUUUAUUAAUGCUAAGUUCUUAGCAAGGUAUUUAGACUAUUUAGAGUAGUUCACUCUUCUCUUUUCUUCUUUAGGUCAUGAUGUAUCACAUACAGGUAGGACUAACGCCUUUGAAGUUGCUACACUCUCAAAAUUAGCUAUUAAAUUUAAUGAUGAAUCAGUUUUAGAAAAUCAUCACUCAUCCACACUAUUUAAAAUAAUUUAAAAACAUAACAUAUUUGAAUAACUUUCAAACGAAGAUGUUAAAAAUAUCAGAAAAUAUUGCAUUUCAAACAUCUUAUCUACAGAUAUGAAAAAGCAUUAAGAAUUAACCAAGCAAUUUGAAAUAAAACUCACCUAUCUUAAAUAGGAAGGAACUGACUUGAUAAAAAGCGAAGCAGAUAAAAAGUUGAUGUGUGGCUUUUUAGUCCAUGUUGCAGAUCUUACAGGUCCUACAAAGUGUUUUGAACUUGCAAAAGAAUGGAGUAUGAGAAUAUGCAAAGAAUUCACUCUUUAAGUACAAGAAGAAGAGCAUUUAGGAUUACCAGUGACACCUUACCUAGUAGGUUUAGAAUCUAUGGAGAUAAUAUCUAAACAAGAAGGAAACUUUGCCAAAAUAAUUGUACUACCUCUGUAUAGUGUAUUAUCUGAAUUUGCAGGACCAGAAUUUAAGUAAAUGGUCAAAAACUGUGAAAAUAAUAUAUCUUAAUGGGAAAAAAUACAUUAAGAAGAAAAAUAAAAAAAAGAAACAAUACUCACGGAAUCAAUAAAUAAUGUAAAUGGAACUAAGUGA